GGCUGUUCAACACGGAGAUAACACAGGCUUGGGGAUGUUCUAGAGCCUCGCUGCUUCUGCAAAGGACAGCGAGAGGAAGAGGGGUCUGAAUACCAAUAACUACAGAGUGAAGAGACUGGAUACCGUCCUGGGAGAAGACUGUAGACUGCAAUUAGUGAACAGAUAAGAGACCGAGGAGGAUAAAUGCUGUGAAGCAGAAUGAAAUAUUUCACACAUUUCAAAUCUGUUGUUGAUCUGGAAAACAUAAGCUUGUUGUCUCUGAAAACCUCCGGGCUCAUGCUUGAAAAACUCAAUCGGAUUAUUUUGAUUCACGCUCCAGUUAUCAGAACGAAUCAAUGGAUGUGGCAUCCUGAACAGCAUAAGCAGCAAAACUUCUGUGAAUAACCAGCACAACAAUGCCUAAAUCCAACUCACAAAUACUACACCCAUACCUGGCGCCACACCACUCAAAAUUAUAUUGGAAGCCCUCAAAGCAAAGCUCCUCUCUAAAAGGGGUCCACCCAGACAGAACAGUACCCCCUCCUAAACUCAAGCCAAAGGUGACCAAACCUUCCCUGAGACCCCCUGCCUGCCCUCUGACCCCACAGACGGUAAUCUGGCUGGCCGUGGUGACUGGUUCCUGUGUCUUCCCUGCGCUACUUGGCCCAGGCGUGUCUGCUGGAGAGACCUGGGGCAUGGUCUCCAUCUGUCCCUUCCACUGUGUGUGUCGAAACCUCUCAGAGUCUCUGAGCACGCUCUGCGUCAACAAGGGCCUGUUGUUCGUCCCUCCUGACAUUGACCGGCGCACCGUGGAGCUCCGUCUGGCAGAUAACUUCAUCCUGGAGGUGGGCAGGGUGGACUUUGCCAACAUGUCAGGCCUGGUGGAACUGACUCUGUCCAGGAACACCAUCCACACCCUGCGGCCCCUGUCCUUUGCUGACCUGGAGAGCCUGCGCUCACUCCACCUGGACACCAACCGGCUGACCAUAGUGGGGCCAAGAGACUUGUCCGGCCUGACCAACCUACAGCACCUCAUCAUCAACAACAACCAGCUGACCGACGUCUCCGCCGAGGCCUUCGAUGACUUCCUGCAGACGCUGGAGGAUCUGGACCUGUCCUACAACAACCUGAGGAAGGUCCCCUGGGAGGCCAUCCAGAACAUGGCCAGCCUGCACACCCUCAACCUGGACCACAACCUCAUAGACCAGAUCGCUGAGGGCUCCUUCGGCGAACUCUACAAGCUGGCCCGCCUGGAUAUGACAUCCAACCGGCUGCAGACGCUGCCCCCCGAUCCCUUGUUCUCCCGCUCCCAGACGGGCGUGGUCAGCCCCACGCCUUACAGCGCUGUCAUCAGCCUGAGCUUCGGGGGGAACCCCCUGCACUGUAACUGUGAGCUGCUGUGGCUGAGACGGCUGAUCCGCGGCGACGACAUGGAGACGUGUGCCACCCCCAUCCACCUGGCUGGGCGCUACUUUUGGUCCAUCCCAGAGGAGGAGUUCACCUGUGAGCCUCCGCUCAUCACACGCCACUCCAACAAGCUGUGGGUGCUGGAGGGCCAGAGGGCCACGCUGAGGUGCCGUGCCAUCGGUGACCCUGAGCCCAUCAUUCACUGGAUCUCCCCUGACGACCGCAUCGUGGCCAACUCUAGCCGUGUGUACUCCUACUACAAUGGCACCCUGGACGUGCUUGUGACGCGGGCGCGUGACGACGGGGCUUACACCUGCAUCGCCAUCAACGCUGCCGGGGAGGCUACAGCCCUGAUAGACCUCAAGAUCAUCCCCCUCCCUCACCGCGGCAACAACACUGUCCCCCUCACCAACCCUCGUGGAGACCCAGGCUCCUCAGACAUUUCCAGUGGGAGAACAGGAGGGUCUGGAAGGAACGGGAAGGGUGGUGGUGGUGGUGGGGGGGAUGGAGAAGCCAGUACCAGUGAGCGUUUGGUGGGGGUCCUGGGGGUGACUGCCACCUCUGCCCAGGUGCGCUGGGUCCUGGGUCGGGCCACUGGGCCGUACCUGGUGUGGAUGUACCAGAUCCAGUACAACUGCACUGCAGAUGAUGCCCUAGUGUACAGAAUACUGCCGCCUACAAGCAGCUCUUUCCUGCUGAAGAACCUGGUGUCUGGAGCAGACUACAGCCUGUGUGUCCUGGCCAUCUUUGACGAUGGCGUGUCCACCCUGGCCACCACCAAGGUCCUAGGCUGCACCCAGUUCAGCACCAAGGAGGACUUCCCAGAGUGCCGAUCCCUGCAGGCCCACUUCCUGGGCGGCACGCUGACGGUCAUGGUGGGGGGGGUCAUCGUGGUAACACUGCUGGUGUUCACCGUGGCGAUGAUGGUAAGGCACCGUGUCUGUGGAGACUGUCGAGACGAGGGCCACUACCCUGCCCAUCACCAUGACGACUUCCUUCCCUCCAAGGAAGGAGUGGAUGUUUACGCUCAGACCAACGGAAAUGGGAGCGUGAUGAUGGUGGCUCUGCCCAACAACAUUCUUAGCCAACAGGCUAAGCCGCUGCCGUUGAAAACCAAACCCCAAGCCAAGAACAAGCCUGGGAAACUGCCCAAGCCAAAGCUUGACUCAGAUCAGCUCAGUGGGGAGGGAAAUGGUGAGAAGCCAGGCCUGGAGGUGGUCGUGAGGGGGAAAGGAUUCCCCCCUUUCACCCUUGAGUGAGAGAGUGACACUGUACUACUCCCCUGCCAACACCUCCCAGACCUUACCCCAUCCCCGAGCUCACAAGGCCCCGAAACACUCAGGCAAGCUCAAGCUGCGCCGCUCUGAGGAGAAGGAGAGAGACUUGGACAAAAUGGUGGGCUCCAGAUGCAGCCUAGACUCUGAGGCCUGUGAGGGGGAGGAGUUGGAGCGCGUGAAGGACUGGAGGGGAGAUCGCCCGCCACUAGGGCCGACACGCAGCUGCUCCUUUGACGUGGGCGAGAUCACCACGACAACCUGCUACGGGUAUGCGAAGCGACUGAGUGUGAUAUGGACCAGGAGGAGCCAGUCGGUGCAGGGCAUGCUGGUCCAGUGUGCCUCAACAGCCAGUUCAGCGAGCAGCACAGGCAGCGACCACCCCACACCUGCCCUCACCCAUGGCUACCUGCACACCAACAACACCUCUAAGUCUAGUGAGGCUGACAACAUCGGAGACCUGGAAGAGAGUGUUUUAUAGGGUGAAGAGGACAGAGGGCCAAAAAGAAACAAAACAAAGACAAAAUGGAUACAUUGACAGUGGACAGGUGGAUGUAAAAGCCAUUUUGCUUAAAAAGGACGAGAAACUAUCAAAGCACAGUGCAUUGCACAGGGAACAUAGCACAUGGUGAAGGAGGUAAUGCCACGUGUGGUGUGGACAGAUGGGAGUGACAGCUAUUGUGAGAAAAAAAAAGGUAUAACGAUGUCUGCUGGUCUAAAGCUGUUCUAGACUUGUUUCAACAAGAUAAAUUAAACCAUUAAUGAAUUACUACAGUAAAUAAAUCAACCACCACUCAACAGCAGCGUCUCGACUUUGAAUGCCAAACCGCUGAGUAAAUCAGGCCUCAAAAACUGGUACAUGAGACAACUGUGAUAAUCAGAUGCCAGUCAAUUAUCAUGUGUUUGUUUGCAAAGAGCAGGAAGCAGCCUAUCUGCAAACACAGAGGUGUUUGUUUAGCUGAGAGAGGGAGCGAGAGAGAUGGGGGGGAGAAUAAGGGGCAGAAGAGAUGCCUGGCGUCGGGGAGGAGCUCGGAGAUAAAGCUGUCGACAGGGAGUUGGUUCAUGCUACGUCUUUCGAUGCCAUCUGUCAUGUACUUCUCUGUAGUACACGUUCAUAGCCGCAAAAGCCCCGUCGAGCUCAAUUAGCAUGAGCUGUGUGAUUGAGUGGCCGAUACACACAUUCACACAUAAGUGAGACGACAAGGAGAUGGUGUGAGAGAAGUGCGUGCAUCCGUUUCCUAUUUUCUUGCCAGUGGCAAACUGCUGACCUGUUUCAGCCAAUUAAAAAAAAAUGCUGAUUGGAGAAUUCACACAAACACAAUGUGAACUCUGCCCAGCGGUGCUGCAACUACUGACCCGCGGUUCUACAACCAACCAUCGUUCACAUAUCGGAGAGCCCAGAUCUGUCAUGUUCUGCUGACAAGUCCAGUUAAUAUCUGGGCCCAUAUACACAAAGCCUCUCAGAAUAGGAGUGUUGAUCUAGGAUCAGUUUGGCCUUCUAGCUCAUAAUAAAUACAACUAUUUGGACAGCUGGGUACCUGAUCCUAGAUCAGCACUUGUAAUCUGAGACACUUUGUGGACAACGGCCCAGAUUGGCAGAUUUUGGUGGUUAAUUUUUAGAAACUACUAUAACACAUCUUCCCAGGUUAAGUUCAGGAGGAGUUCAACAUCUCGGAAGUAGCUCAGACAUCUCCAAUACGCUGGAUAAGAAAGUAAAGCAGUUAUUUUAAGUAGUCAUUACGAUCCAAGUCAUUCACCCUGGCUGGCCGUUUUCUGCCCCUGCAUAUAAAACCCUACCUGUGAGCAUAGCCGCGGGAAGUACGAGUGCUGAAACAAACCCCCCGCCACCAAAAAAAAUUAUAAUAAAUAUAUAUAAAUUUAGUGCACUGGGGACUUAACUAAUCCUGUAUUAGUCGACAGAUAUAGCCCUCUGUAGUGCGGGGGAACUUGAUUUUUUUUUCAUUCCCCCCCCCCGAUUCAGUCCAGAUGGUUUAAUUCCAACGUUUCUAAACCAUGUAAAUAAACCACUGUAUGGCUUCAACACGGUAAAAAAUAUUACUAUGAUAUCAUUGAUGGUCCUUGAACGCCUGGUUCUUUUUGUCAUUACAACCGUACCGAUAGCAGCACAAACAGGCUUCAGAGUGUCCAUGACUGGACACCUACGCCGCCCUACCUUGACGAACUAAACACUUUUCUCUCACGCUUUGAGCAUUACGACUGAGCUGCCGAGGACGACGUGCUGAGCAGCGGGACGACGUUAAGGGUAGCUAAAAUGUUUCCAUCAACAGACAAAAAGUUAUAAUCUGCCCCCCCCCCAACGUCUUCCCGAGGCUUUGCCUGUGAGACAGCCAGACGGGAAACGAUUUUAAGUGACAGCGUUGACUUUUCCAUCUCAGAUGUGGAGCCAAGGUGUUUUCUAUUCGCACCUGGAGACUUGAGCAGACAAACAUGGUCAUUCAACAGGACAGACCAGCAUUCUAACUCUACCAUUUGAAUUUAAAAUAUAUACUCCGUCACACUGAAGCACCUCUACCCCAGCCACACCCUAUGAUCAGAGGAGACGAGUGUGUGGGUGGAUGUCUGUUUGCGAGAGAAAGUGGAUGGGAGACUGACACUCAUUCCACAUAAAACCACCAAUAUGAAUUUCAAAAUCUUAAAAGAAGCACCUUCAUCCACCACAAUCAGUCUAUUUUAUUUUAUUUUUUAAAUUAAGUGACCAUUUGGACAAGCUAGGCUUCGUCACAAUAUAUAGACAGAAGUCGAACAGUAUUCUGGAUGUUUUGUGGUUGGUUCCUUGAGGGAAUCACAACCCUCCUAAAAGGAAAUGCUGUGGAAAUCAGCACCAGAUGCAAAUUGGGAAAUUAAUGUAGCCGUACAAUUCAGUACCAUUCUAUUUGUGUGCGAGAGACAAAUGUGCGAGACAGGUACAGAGGGAGGGAGAGAGAGAGAGCGAGCGGGAGAGAGAAUGAGCGUUGGAGGGCUUGAGUAUUAUUCAUGCAAAUGACUCAUGUACAUGCAUGUUUAAGUGGUCAGUAACAGACUGCUGCAUACAUCAUUAAAAUCCUUGUUUAUCUGC